UGUUCGAAGAAAAAAGGAUUUCAGGGGGCGUGUGUUUGCCAAGUGUGAUCAGUACCGUGUGACCGUGUGAUCAACGCGUUUUUUAGCUCGGAUCCACCGCAGCAAACUAACGAUGGCGAAGAGAAUCACAGUAAAGAGUUUUGAGGAAUUCCAGUCGACGGUGGCACCUUUGAAGGACGAGAAACACCUGCUGUGCCUGUUCACCGGCUCCGAAGAUGCCAGCGGCAAAAGCUGGUGCCCCGACUGCGUGGCAGCAAAGCCUGCAAUUGAAGAAGCUCUGAAGGAUGGUCCUGACAAUACGAUUCUCCUCACGUGCAGCAUAGACAAAGACCUCUGGGUCAAGAGGGACAACCCCUUCAGAACAGACAACACCCUCAAGUUGACAUGCGUGCCCACGCUGAUCCGCUGGGGCUGGAACAGGAGACUGAACGACCAGGAGUGCCAAGAUGCGGGACUGGUUUCCAUGAUGCUCGAAGACUGAGCCGACGGGAUGCACCGCGGAGUGCUCUUUUCCGUCGAGCACUGUCUGGAUCCUUCGGUUACGUUGAGUGUUGAUGAUGGUGGUGGUUGUGUGCGGCAUCCUUUCCCCGCACCUCAGAGUACUUGGCUCUGAGAAGAAGAGCCGUCACCGAAACCCUGAAAUGAAAAGGGGAAGCCAAGUUUCAGCCAAUAUCUUUAGCCACAACACCUGGCUGCCGGCCCAUGCAUGUUCGAGUCAAUAAAAGUGUUUAUUUUCGGGA